ACAUGCAUCAUCAGAAUCUCUUCAUUCAAGAAGAUGAAAUGGCGUCUUGGCUUUACCAUUCUUACCACCAAGAUUAUUUCUGCUCCGAACUUUUAUACCCUGGCGUCGCCUCCACUCACGCUACUCAUCCACAAAGCUCUGUCUCGUUGGCACCAUCACCCAGUGCUCCGUACAUUCUGCCGCCGGAGAGACCCAUCGGUCAUAAUUUGCCCGUGACAAGGGUGGAGAAUCUUAUGAACUUCUCGUGGCUAAGAAGGAACAUAUAUACCAGCGGUAGAGUGGAAGUUGGACAAUCGAUCCCGGUGCAGGUUGGUUCGAGCGCAACCACGUCAUCCUCGGUUACUCUCCCGCAAACUUUGGCCUCUCUGGCACAACCAGCACCUAGUGCUCAGUACAUUCUGACGGAAAAUAGACCCACCGGUCAAGUUUCUACGAACUUCUCAAGGCUAAGAGGGAACAUGUUUACCGGCGGUCGAGUUGAAGCUGGACCAUCCAUGGAGGUGGGCUCGAGCGCGACCCCGUCGUCUUCUGCAAUUGAAUCAUGUGUACUACCAGCGACGGAGGGCACGGGUAGUCGAGUGUCGCAUACUUUUGCAGUUCCCGGUCUUGAUCGAAACGGAAAGGCUGUGGCGAUUGAGACGGCCAGAACACCAACGUCAGGAGUAUGCAAGGCCGAAACAGAGCCGAUUCAGGUACAACCAGCGACUGAGAUGGGAAUUGCCGAAGACAGGAAGCGAAAGGAGAGAGAGGAAACCGUUGCCGGAUUUCAGGGAACUGAAGAAGCUCGUGUUUCAAAAUCUAGGAAGAGGUCACGAGCUGCAGAAAUGCAUAACCUCGCCGAAAGGAAACGGAGAGAAAAGAUCAACGAGAAGAUGAACGCUCUGCAAGAACUCAUUCCUGGCUCCAGAAAGUCUGAUAGAGCUUCAAUGUUGGAGGAUGUUAUUCAGUUCGUGAAAAAACUAAAUAGCCAAGUACAGAUGAUAUCUACGGUACAAAGUACGAUGCCGCCUAUGAUGAAUGCAGGGAAUAUGCAACAGUUCAUGCCUCAGAUGGGCAUGGGGAUGAUGGGUAUGAAUCAGCCUCCAUUUAUGCCUUCACCUAAGCCGCCUCAUAUUGCGGAUCCACCAUAUCCAGCACCGCACCACCCUUUUCCAAACAUUCAGACCUCUGUCCCAUCCACAGUUCAUUUACCAACACCGCAGCCUAACGUGGUGCCGAACCAGCCGCAGUUUCCGGCAUACAUGAAUCCUUAUAGUCAGUUUCUUGGUUCCCACCAGAUGCAACAACUUCCUCCUCCUCCAUCGCAGAGUCAAACAACAUCACAGCCGAGUGUAAGCCAAGCAAGUACUAACAAGGAACUUGAGGAUCAGGGCAACCAACCAACAGGUUAGUAAGAAUCAGGGAGUGAAGUCUUUUCUUGCGAGAUAAGUUAAUGGCCAAGAUACUGACUUAGACAUCUCCAUUGUGUGGUUGCUGGCUGAAGUCGUGGAGUUAAAAACGAUCUGUUCUCCAAGGAAAUCACAAUUUUGAAGAAAGCCAAAAUGGCUAACAUGUAGAGAGAUGUUAUGUCUGUCACUCUGUCAGUCUGUGUAAGGUUAAAGUAGGUCCCUUUACUGUUUGUUAGAACGUAGAAUCUACGGUGUCAAUGUAUACAGGUUGCAAGGUGGGCCAAGAGAAGAGAGAUGUUUGUGCAUUACACCCUAACCUUGAACUCCCUAUAAAAACUAUCAUGACAAUACAUAGAAAAGGAGCAAAAGUAAUAGCUGAAUUGUUGAGACUA